AUGUCCCACCUCCUCGUCACCUUACGUCGAGGUACCGCGGGCAAACCGAAGACUAUCCUCCAGACCUUGUCCGCGCUCGGUCUGCGCAAGACUCGAGACGCGCGCAUCGUGCCGAACGACGCCGGCGCGCGAGGAAAGUUGAAUCAAGUCAAGCACUUGGUCUCCGUGGAAACGCUGGAAGACGCCGAACGACGCGUCGAAGCGCUGGCGAAGAAGCGCGCGCUGCGAACGCCGAUCGUGAGCGAGCACUGA